AUGCCAGUUGUUGGAGGUAGCGAGGUUUUCCGGCUUGCUCGAGGCUACGCAUUCGCAAAGACAUUUUCAUUUAAUCAAAAGACAGGAGUUGCUGUCAUUGAAUACAAUGUAGCACUUCAACUUUUUAAAGCCAAGUUGAAAGAUUCAGGUAAAAGUAAAGUAAGCUUUGAUGGCAUUGGCAUUCCCCAACAUAAGGCUGCAAAACCUUGA